GGAUGAAGUACAAAGCCGGUCUCCAUCUUUCCCCUCCUUCCUUUGUCAUUAUCACCGAAUUGCAUGACUCCCCUUUUUUAUCUCUGGUUUUCCUCCAUCUGGUGCCUUCCCUUCACUACUUCCUUACUUAUUGGAUAUCCAGGGCCGAUUUCCUUUCCCUCGUCACCUUCUUCUUUUCAACCUGGUCAUUCAAUCAAAUCAACUCCAUCAACUCCAAGUGUAUGCUCUCACAAAACAAUCACAGCGCUUGCGUGAAUUAGAUCGACCGUUCUAACAGAAGUUAUGGAAGCAGACGCAGAUUCGGCGCCGCAGAAUAGUAUCACUGUGGCCGCCGGCAUCGUUGCUGAUGCUAGCAGCCCGAGCAACGAGACCAUUUCGGUAAGCAGCAGCCCGCCAGCUGUGACCAAGUCCGGGCCUGUCGUGGAGGCUGCCGCGGGAGACGGCAAGGACGGCAAGGACGACGACGGCGACAGUGAAAUGAAUCACAACAUGCCGCCGCUUGCGACGCGGCCAGCAAAUCGGGGCUACCACCAUAACUAUGAGUUCUCUGAGCUCGAGGAAAUCUAUCUGCGCCAGCUGAAUGAGGACAUCUUGGCCUACAAGUACGAUCUGGAGUACUGCCAGGCUCAGCUCGAAGACGCAGACCUGAAUCCCCAGGAGACUCGCACGCUGCAGCUGCGCACCCUCGAUCUCGGGCACCAGAUACGGCACUGCAAGCACCGGAUUGAAGAGAUCAGGGCUCAAGCACGCUUACGGUCUCCGCAUGGCGCAGCGGCCACUUCGGCAUACCACGGCAACGGGGCCAGCAACAGUGGCAAGUACCAGGCUCAAGGACUCGGCAUCGCGACGCUCCCCGUCAGACGUCCCGUCGCCGCGCCAAGCCAGACGACCGGGAAGCGCCCGGCGAACGAGGGCAGCGAAAAGGGAGCAAAGAGGAUGAGGGUGGCUUCUUCGCCCGACUUGGACGGAGUUGGGGUGAAUGGAUUGGAUGAGGGCGUCAACACAGCCCUGCAGCGUCUUGGGUUCUGGAAAUGCCGUCUCUGCUCGUCUGCGAAGUACCUACUGGCCGGAGCCGGUCGGUCCCCUGCGGCGCCGUGCAAGUGGCCGCUCAAGGACAUCUCCAAGAUGAUCACGCACUUCACGGAGAUGCACGGCGAGCACACACCUGCGGAGCGCUGCGCCGAGCUCGGUGCCGCUCUCCUUCAGAACCGUGGCCCAUUCGAGUACUGGCUGCGGAGAACCCGCGCGCAGAACAUCGGCGACGGCAGCGUGAUAGACAACUGCAUUGCCACUCUGAAGAACGGCGACAUGCCCAGCCUUCUCCGCCGCCAUAGUCGGGCCGCUGCGGGCAUGCCGAGCUCCUGAGCAGACCCUUGGCAUCACCCGAACGGCGAAUUGUCUACUCUUGCCAGACGUCUUUAAUCACUUGCAUGGCAAUUUAUGCUUUCGGUUCAUCACUGACUUGGGAGUUCGUCACU